AUGCCUUCCAUCGACAGCCAUGAAAACGUCCUAAUCCUCAGCGAGCUGUGGACCAUCGCCAUGCACCAUCCAGACGACCCGCAGCUCCCUUCCCUCGGCAUCUUCGCUUCCAUGGCUGCACUAAUCCAAAAAGCCAUAAACUCUCCCUCCUGGCUUCUGCACGACCAAAACAUCUACAUCCCCUACUACGCAGCCCACGUCAUCGGCUCUUACACCAUGAACAAGCCGGAGUUCGCACAGCAGGCCGUCGAGUCAGGGGUCAUCCCGCAACUGUUGGACCUCCUCGGAGGCAAAAUCAGCUGGGUGGAACAGCGAGUCGCGGUUCGAGCCCUGGGACACCUCGCCAGCUACCAGACCACCUUCGAAGCAGUUGCGGUUUACGAACGUGAGGUGGUCGAGCUGGCCAUGGAGCUGGCUUGCUCUGCAGCUGACGUGGUGUACAAGGAGUUCGUCGGGGUCAAAGACGGUGCCUUGAGGUUGAAGUACCAUUGUGAUUUGCUCACGCGAGGUGUCGGCGGCUCGGAAAUGGAGGAAAGAAAAGCUGAGGAAUGGGCCAGCCAGGUUCAAUGCUGGUCUCUUUAUCUCUUAAACUGUUUCGCUUCCAAAGAGAGAUCGAUAACCUUGAUCUGCAGCAGAGUUGGGUUCCUCGAGAGAUUGAGCAAGAUGUGGGGCGGAGUAGCGAAUCACUCUUCGCCAGCUGGCAUCGGGCUGAUUCGGAUACUCUGUUACUACAAAGCUGGCAGGAAGAAGAUUGCUGAGUCGGAACAAGUGAUCCAGAGUCUCUGUAACAUCUCGAGAUCGUCGGAUGAUUGGCAGUACAUGGGGAUCGACUGCCUUGUUUUGCUUCUCAGAGACCGAGAAACUCGGUACAGAGUCAUGGAGCUUGCUUCCCUCUGUCUCGUCGAUUUGGUCGAGGUUAAAAAUCUUGGUAAUUACAGAUCAAACGUGGGCGAAACGAUCGCCGAAGCUCUGCUUUUGGACUACAAGCUGCAGUUCAAGGGUGAUGAGAGGGCUGCAAAGACGUUGCAAGAAGUAUGGAGCUUGAAGGUGGGGAGGAGGAAGAAAGAGAGGACAAUGUCGAAAGAGAGAUUGGAGGAGAGGAAAGUUCUGGCCAUGUUGAUAAAGCAACAGGCGAAACGUUUCUUCUUGGUCGGGGAGGUGGAGGAAGCGAUGGUGAAGUAUGGUGAAGCGCUGGAGACGUGCCCGUUGCGGUUCAGGAAAGAGAGAAUGUGCUUGUAUGGUGACAGAGCAGAGUGCCGAUGGGUUGUUGGUGACGUGGAGGGGGCGAUCAGCGACUCGACUCGGGCGAUUUCGCUAUCCGCGGCGGGGACGACCGGGAACUGUCACGGCCGGAACAGGAGCUUGUGGAGAAGGGCGAAGGGGUAUGAAAGAAAGGGGAUGGCGAAGGAGUGCUUGAUGGACUGCAUAAUGUACGUGAGCGGGUGUGUGAGGAUGGAACGACGUCGUGGUGGAGGGGUUAUCCCGUACGACGCGGUGCGUUUGAUGAGCAAGAUGAUGGAUGCCACGUGGCUGUUCGCUGCUGCUGCUGCUGCUGCGAAGAGUGCAAAGGCUGAUGAACUACUCGUGAAGGAUGAUGAGAAUGGGGAAUUGGAAGAGAUUGUCAUGAGAAUGGUUAUGGAGACAAAGGGUGUUGAUGAUGACAUUUCACUCUCAGGUAUUUAA